UUCGCCAAGGCCCUCACCCCAUUCUCACCCCCUACCUCCCAAUGUUCCUCCGCGCUGCCGCCGCUUCCAGGCGUAUCUCCACCACCGUAAUCGCCUUCUUCUGCCGCCACAAGAUGACCUCUGCACAGUACGUAGCGGCCCGCCACCGCGAUCCGACCUUGGAGAGGCUAAUGGAUGGGUACAAGCAUUUAACCUCUGUCCUGUCCCUCCAAAACCUUAUCCUAGCUUCCGCCGACGUCUCCAUCCCACUUCCUUUCCUCUCCUCCCCCACAGCCUCUCGCCUCCUCCGCCUUCGCCGUGGCCCGGCCCACUUCGUCCGCUCCUUUCCCGCGAUUUUCUCCCUCCGCCCCCACCCUACCGCUUCCCUCCCCGUCCUCGUUUACCUCACCCCUGCCGCCUCCCACUUAGCCGAGCAUGUUUCCUGCGGCGCUCCUUUCGCCCUGGAGCACAUCACUCGCCUCCUAGCUCUUUCAAACUCCCGCUCCCUCCCCCUCCGAACUCUCAUCCGCGUCAAACAUGAGCUUGGUCUCCCACAAGACUUUGAGGAUUCGGUCAUCGCACGCAAUCCCUCGCUUUUCUCCCUCUCCAGAAACCCUCGCGAGCCCAACACACACAUUGUUGCUCUCCCAAACCUCGCCCCUGUUGUCGUACUCGCUGUUGACGCCUGGCGCCUCUGCCGUUUAGCAUAUCACAAUCAGAAUUGUUCAAAAUCCACUGGCGAUGAAGCAGAGAUCCGUUUUGGGUUCAAGCAGACCUUCCCACCAGGCAUGCGGCUGACAAAGAGAUUCCGAGCUUGCCUCAAAGAGUGGCAACGCCUACCUUACCCUUGCCCAUACAAACCCCCUCCUUCCGCCAGUGGCAACCUUGGCUGGAAGAGGGCUUUAGAGAAACGAGCAGUGGCGAUCGUUCAUGAGUUCCUGAACUUGACGGUCGAGAAGAUGGUGGAGGUGGAGAAGAUUAGCCAUUUUCGGAAAUCCUUCGGCAUCGAUUUCAAUAUCCGCGAUCUUUUCCUGGACCACCCGGGCAUCUUCUAUAUAUCCACCAGGGGAGGAAGGAACACAGUAUUCCUUAGGGAAGCUUAUGACCGCGGGUGCCUCGUCGAAUCCAAUCCAAUGUACGAGGCAAGGAGGAAGCUGCUCCACCUCGUGCUAAUGCGCAAGAGAGGAGCUGCUUUUGCCGAUGCUGGAGCUGUUCAAGAAAUGCCGCUGUCAGAGAACUCGAAUCACUGAUUAACUGGGAUGCGGCCGCCUUCCUCUUCCGAGCGGCUUCCUGUGGGCGGGCUUCUCGGCCCUAUACGCCCACAGUCCAAUUGUAGCUGGAGAAGCGUUGUUGUUUGAGAAGUUAUUGUAUAUAGUGUGUAAAAGCAUUCUCCUCCACUACAUCUCAACAGAUCCAUGUGGAGGAACCAUCAAUGCCUCCCAGCCAUAACAAACUCAACCAAUAAUACCAUUACACACCUGUAAGGCUUAACGGACGCAUUCCUGUAUAAAUACAUAAAGCUACAAUAAGAGCAUUUCGGCUCACAGCCAAUUCCCUGCCAUGGAAUCGUCUCCCUCCUCCCACAUGGGUGUGGACAUCUCGAACAAUCCCACCAAUAUAAAGUGCUUGAUCUUCGUGAAAUGAAUAAAGCAGGAGAGCGAUUAAUAUCUGCACUUUUACUGGAUAGAUAUCAACACGUUGAGAAGAUAGACCUUGAAUUUGCAAUAGAUGUUUAUGAUGAGCAUCUUCUUCUUAUCAAAAGCAAGGUAAUGGAGCAUGUUCGGCACCUAGAAUCUCUAAAUCUCAAUGGCUGUCAGAAAAUUUCUGAUAAGGGAAUUGAAGCUGUAACAAUUGCUUGUCCUAAACUUAGGAUAUUUUCUAUCUACUGGAAUGUUAGUUGGAUUCAGGGUGACGGACAUGAGCAUAAAAUUCCUUGUGAAGCAUUGCAAACAUAUAUCUUAUCUAAACCUUAGUGGAUGCAAGAGCAUCUCGGACCGAAGUUUGCUUCUCAUAGGUGAUAACUACAAAGAAUUAGAAGAGUUAAACAUUACGAGGUGUGCAUUUUUUUUUUUUUUAAUUAUUACUCUACUUCUUUAUAGCUAUCAAAUACUAACAUUCUUUGAAUGCCUUACUAUGGCUUUGGGCAUUGAUUGGGUCAUAAUAUUUUAUUUAUUCCUUAGCAGUUCGCCAUUUUAAUAAUUUUUUUUCCUUUUUCUUAACAAAUGAAAGCAUUUGACUUUGGGGUUAUGGGUCAACUUGGCCUGAAUUGAUUUGGGCUGAUUACGCCAACUAGAAGAUGACUCCGAACUGACAUGGGUUUUUAAAACUGAAUUUUUCAGUUGUAAUCAGGUUGAAUUCUAGUUGAAUGUGUAGUUCGAAUUAUUAGGUUAUAAUUUUAAUUUUGUGGUUUGAUGAAAUUUAAGUUUGUUC